AUGACAUUCACAUUCCCUAAUAACGCAUCCAAUACUCAAUUCAAACAUCACCAACAACAACAAUCAAAUACUCCAACCUCAUCCAAUUUUACUGAAUCUGCAUUGCCAACCAAUAACGAGAAUGCAGCUACAGCCACCAUCAACAAGCCAACUACAUCAGCUGUUAAAAAGCACCAGUUGAAACAAAAAACAUGUAAUAAUUCAUUAUCAUCCCUCAAUUCAAAUGCAUCCGAUACGACGAUUUUUGAAUCACCUUCACAAUCAACACCUUUUGAAUCUAAAUCGUCACAUAAACCAGAUAGUUUGUCAACCGACACCUUAGUGGAAGACAAGCUUUUUUCUUCUUUACAACGACCACCGCCACCACAAGCUGCAUCACAAGGACAGCACUCAUACAAUCAAUCUUUAGAUUCACACAGAUCAUUGAAUUUAUUAGACGAAGCUGAAGAAUUGGAAGGGGAAGACACGAAGGAUGAUAAAACUGCAUUCAAACCAAGUGAACCAAUUAGUGCUACACCAAAAAGUGCACUCCCAUUAUAUAAUGAACAUAAAGCUUUCCCAUUUCCGGCAACUACAAGUACACCAGGUACACCAGCUGCACCAGCAUUACCGUCAUCGACACCACCUCAAAAACCAUCUACAAAUCAACCAUCGCCUCAUUUGGAGAAACAAAAAACUUCAUCUUUAGAUGAAUCUUUGAAGGCUAUCCAACAGCAACAAAAAAAGAGAAUAAACUCUAUUCCCCUGCUGAAUUACAGACCUAAAAUUGAAGGCUUGUCCGAUAGAUUUAAAUAUCCUCGGCGGAUUGAAAUGGGUGCUCAAGCGGCUCUGUCCAAAAAUAUUGUUCUUGAUAUUAGACCAUCUGCUCAAUAUUCCAAAGCACAUAUCAAAGACAGUAUUAACCUUUGUUUACCUUCAACAUUAUUGAAACGAGCCACCUUUUCAUUCGAGAGAUCAGUCGAUGCAUUAGGUGAGCGGCAGAGAGAUAGAUUUGCUGAUUUUUUUAAUCGCAUAUCAGAAACAAGCAGCGGGAAUUUGAUUGUAUGUGAUUCAACUCCGAACUCAUGUAACUUGUAUCAUAUGUGCGUUAAGAUUGCCAAUUGUCCAUUAUUUAUGAGUUCACCAACUAGACAGGUACUUUUGAUGGAUUUUGAGCUUGAUGAGCUUUAUGCUUUGUUCCCCGAUUUGUUUGAAUCUUGUGGUUCUGCAGUUGCUACCGGUUCAAGUUCAAAUUCAGGCUCUGCUUCUGCUGCUGGUAGUUCUAAUUCUGGUAUAUCGGUUAAUAAUUACUUGCCUCCGUUAAUUAUUCCAGGAAAUGAUGCUAAUAAUGUUCAUGGCAAUUUAGGAUCAAAUUCAUUAGCAGAAGUUUCAUCACCUCAUAAUUCAGCUGCAACUCCAAUAUUGUCGAGUAAUUUCGCAUUGCCUUCUCAAACUAGAACUUUUAAACUUAGACACAAUGAAGAAUUGUUUAAUGAUGAUCAAUUGUAUUCAAACCCGGGAACAGCAACAACUUCGUGCAGUAAUGUCAAUCCAUUUGAAUAUGCUAGUGCCCAAUUGUUUAAAUUGAAUAAUAUCCCUAGUGAUCAUUCAAAAAUCCCAUUAUGGAUGAAGUCUACUAUAUUAGAUAGCAAUGAUGCUCCUGUGACAACAAAAAUCAAUCAGGAUUUCCAUCAAUUAGAAAAGUUGGAACAAAAAAGAUUAUUAGAAGCUUUUUCAUUAGAUAGAGCCAACUCACAACAAAAACAAGAAGGUAAUAGUUGGAAUCAAGGUGAUGGUAACAAGGAAAAUGCUUCACCAACAAAUGUGGAUAUUAAUGAGGGUGAAAUUAUUCCUAAGAUUAGUUGUGGUAUUGAAUUUGGUCAUAAGAAUAGAUAUAUGGAUAUAUAUUUAUAUGAUCAUUCUAGAGUUGAAUUAGGUCAUGUCAAUAAGGCCAAUGAUAAUGAUCAAGUGCCUGUGUUUGAAAACUACAUCAAUGCCAGUUUAAUUGAACCACCAGAAAAAUAUAGCAAUAAUAAUAACAAUCAAAUUAAGAAUCGGUAUAUUGCUACACAAGGUCCAUUAGAUGAAACAAUGGGUGAUUUAUGGAAGAUGGUGGUACAAUUUAAAAUCCCUCUUAUUGUUUCAUUGACUGAUUCGAUUGAAAAUGGGGUUACGAAAUGUGCACCAUUUUGGCAAAGCGGGAUCUAUAAAUCUUAUAAAGAUGCUAUUAAAGUAUCAUUGAUUGAAGAGAAUAAAUUAGAUGAGAGCUUGAUUUUACGUAAAUUCAAUGUUGAUUGUAAUUCGGCAAGUUCAUCAUCAUCAAAUCCAGGUGAAUAUGAUUGUGAAUCCCAAUUUGACAAUUCUCAAGGGUUAGAAGUUUAUCAAAUUCAAUUAUUGUCUUGGGCAGAUAUGUGGAGUUUAACUAAUCCUCAAGAUAUUUUGAAAAUUAUAAAAUUGAAACAAUCGAUUUUGGCCAAUAUUCAACUUGCCAGGAAAAACAAAGAUAACAGUGACAAUGAUGAUCAAUUGACAACUUUGGUACAUUGUUCAGCUGGUUGUGGUAGAACAGGGACAUUUUGUGUCAUUGAUACAAUUAUUAAUUACAUUGAACAGAAACGUGCACAACAAUAUGGAGAAAUGAAUGAUGAUUUCGAUAGUGAUCCAAUAUUUGAAAUCACUAAUCAUUAUCGAAAAUUGAGAAUAUCAAUGGUUCAGACAUUAACACAAUAUUAUAUGAUUUAUGAAGCUUUAUUGGAUUAUUAUUGCAAAAAUGGUGGCAAUCAUGAAUAA